GUGCUGUCGACGACGCGUGUCCCCGGCCGGCGUCGGAAGCCCCGCCAGGAGUUAUUGGAUCCUCUGAACACCAUCCCUGCAUCUCAGAUUAAAAAUCUGUAUUCUCAUCUGAACUGUGGGAAGAAAGGAUAGUUGGUGGGUGGUAUUCCUACUUGAAGGACACGAUGUUUUCCAGACUAGCUCAUCUGCAGACCAUUGCUGUGCUUCGUCGUCGAGUUCAUUCCUCAGUGGCUUCUGCUACGUCUGUUGCGACUAAAAAGACAAUCCAAGGCCCUCCAUCUUCCGAUUACAUUUUUGAGCGAGAAUCUAAAUAUGGUGCACACAACUACCAUCCUUUACCUGUAGCCUUGGAGAGGGGAAAAGGUAUUUAUGUAUGGGAUGUAGAAGGCAGAAAAUACUUUGACUUCCUGAGUGCUUACAGUGCUGUCAACCAAGGGCAUUGUCAUCCAAAGAUUGUGAAUGCUCUGAAAAGUCAAGCAGACAAACUGACCUUAACAUCCAGGGCUUUCUAUAAUAAUGUGCUUGGUGAAUAUGAAGAGUAUAUUACUAAACUUUUCAACUACCACAAAGUUCUUCCUAUGAAUACAGGAGUGGAGGCUGGAGAGACCGCUUGCAAACUUGCUCGUAGGUGGGGAUACACCGUUAAGGGUAUUCCAAAGUACAAAGCAAAGAUUAUUUUUGCAGCUGGAAACUUCUGGGGGAGAACAUUGUCGGCUAUCUCCAGUUCCACAGACCCAAGCAGCUAUGAUGGUUUUGGACCAUUUAUGCCAGGUUUUGAAAUCAUUCCAUAUAAUGAUCUGCCUGCUCUUGAGCGUGUUCUUCAGGAUCCAAACGUUGCUGCGUUCAUGGUAGAACCAAUUCAGGGUGAGGCGGGCGUCGUCGUUCCAGAUCCUGCUUACCUGAUGGGCGUGCGAGAGCUGUGCACCCGGCACCAGGUUCUGUUUAUUGCUGAUGAGAUACAGACAGGAUUGGCCAGAACUGGAAGGUGGCUGGCUGUGGAUCAUGAAGGGGUCAGACCUGAUGUGGUUCUUCUGGGAAAGGCGCUUUCUGGUGGCUUGUACCCUGUGUCGGCCGUGUUGUGUGACGAUGAAGUAAUGCUGACCAUUAAGCCGGGGGAGCACGGGUCCACGUACGGAGGCAACCCGCUGGGCUGCCGAGUGGCCAUUGCGGCCCUGGAGGUUUUGGAAGAAGAAAACCUUGCCGAAAAUGCAGAGAAGAUGGGUAAUAUCCUGAGGAAUGAGCUCAUGAAGCUGCCGUCUGACAUCGUCACAGCCGUCAGGGGGAAAGGAUUGCUAAAUGCUAUUGUUAUUCGGGAAACCAAAGAUUAUGAUGCUUGGAAGGUGUGUCUACGGCUUCGAGAUAAUGGACUCCUGGCCAAGCCGACCCACGGCGACAUCAUCAGAUUUGCCCCACCGCUUGUGAUCAAGGAGGAUGAGGUUCAGGAGUCGGUGGAAAUCAUUAACAAGACCAUCCUGUCUUUCUGAGGGGAGGGGCUGUUUCCAGUGGUGCCCGGAGCCAGCUGGAGCCAGCAGUUCGUGUGAGCUCUGUCACAUUCCUGUACCUCACAGAGGCACGUGCCACUCCCCGGUGUCUUCACGGACUUUUUUUUAAUAUACAUUUUUUUUUUCAGUUCGUGCAUAAUAGAAUGGCAUUUAUAAACACUCGGUGUGCUGUGUAAUGCGACUGUAAGAGAAUGGAAUGGCAUCUCUGUACAAUCAAGUUUCUGUGUGCGUGUGUUCUUUUAAGGUGAAAUGUACCUACCUGUAUAUAGAGAGCCUUUUAAUCAAGCCCUGCAGUAUAAUUUUAUGUUUUUAUAAUUUCCUUACUGAACAGAUGUUUUGUAUUUGAAAAAGUUACAUGGGAUAGUACAUGGAAGACUUGCUUAACCUUAUAAAGUUAAAUUAUAAUCACUGAAUUUUAGGAAGGAUUAAUGGUUAAGCUUAUAUGAAAUACUAGGAUUUAAGGAAACUUCGUAUUGGCCAGCACCAGGGUGUAUCCUAUAAUGUCAUUUUUAAUUAGGAAUUAGUGUUUAACAUUUCCAGAUUAUGUUUUAAGUGAUAGUUUGUAAGAAAGGUUUAUUUUCAGUUUUUCUUUAAAGUAACACUCUAUUUAAGCGUCUGUUAUGAUGGCAGUGUCUCUGAUUAUCUAACAUUUUUAAACUCUUUGAGAAUGUUUUUGCUUUACUGUGUGUGUUUUCUAAGAGCAUUUCAGCGUCUUUGGUGAUAGAAAAAUAGAAAUUAUAAAAAGAAAGUCUGUUAUUAUAUACUCCCUUCUCCCCUUUGACAAUAAUUGCUUUUUUCCUGUGCUUAUACUGGUAUUUACCAUUUUUAUUAAAGUAUCCUU